AUGAUUAAUUAAUUCAAUAAACAACUAGCAUUGUUUGCCAUCCUUACCUAUUCUAUUCUGGCAAAGGAAGCACCAAACUAAUAAAAAUCAGUGGUGCAUCAUAUCAAUGACAAUAAUUUUGAAGAAUUAUUGGAGAAAAAUAGUCAGCAACUUCUGGUGGAGAUUAAUUCAGAACAUGACGCAAAUGAAACUUCCCUUUUCUUGAAUAUGGAAUAAGAAAAGAUAGAUAAACUAAGUAGUAUGGUCUCAAUAGGAGUAGUGAAUGUCAGCAAGAGUGAUAACCUUUCCUAGAAAUAGGGGGAAGUUCACUCAUACAACGGCAAUAGAUCAUCUUUUGAUGAUGUAUUAAUGUGGCUCCUAAAGAACGGAUUCAUUCCAGUCUCAAAGGUCAUCUCUGAGAUUGAUGAUUUGAUAUACACUAAGUAUAUCCAACCACAUGAGCAAAUUAAUGCUCAGGACAAAUUAAAGGAAAUAAAGGAAAGCAAAAAGCAAUCAAAAAGUCAAUAGGAUGACACAGUAAACUACCGUCAAAUAAAUGAGGACUACGAGGAUGAUAAGCUUACUGCUUACAUGUUUGGAAAAGCAGUAAAGUUCUAUGAAAACGGUAUAAAAGAGGAACACAAAAAUAUCUAUGAAAAGGAUUUAGACCUUAGCAAGUCUGGAAUAAUAAAAAUAUUUGAAAGAAUAAGUUCAAAUGAGGAUGAAGAUAUCGGCGAUUGGGAAGCCGUUGAGGAGAAUGAUCUCUUUAGUAUUGAAUAUAGAAUUUAUGGUUCCUAUAUAACUUAAGACUUCUUUGGUUUAAAGUUGAAGGCCUAUAUUGACUCAAGUGAGUAUUCGAUUCCUUAAUUGAUAAGAGCAAUGAGCAAUACAGAUGUGAGAUAAGUCUGGGAUGUUAAAGAUACUACUUGUCUUAAGAUCCAUGAAAUUGUAGAUGAUACAGUUAUGAUAGUUUACUAAAGAUCACCCUCCUCAGUAAGCGUUGUCAGUGAUAGAGAUUUCCUUGAAAAGAAAGUCAUUAUACGGGAAAAAGACACCUAUUAUGUGUUCAUGUCUUCAGUACCAGAUGAAAUUAAAGAAAGUGAAGGUGAUUCUCCUGCUGUAAGAGCUUUAACAUUAACUGGUUUCUAAACAUACAAAUAAUUAGAGGACGGUAGAAUUUUAUAUGAGUCUGUUGUUCAAACUGACUUGAAUAUGGGAAGUAGAAUGAUGAGUAAUAUUGCAUAAGCAGCCUCAAUGUCUGCACUUCCAGGAAGAAUGAAGCAAUGGUUCCCAAGAUUUCUUGAAGCUGCAAAGUCAUAGUCAAGAUUAGAGGAUUUCAACUACAUUCCUGAAUGA